AUGGGCUGGACGGUGUGUAAUACUACCGAAGAGCAUCGAACGAUCGAAGAAGAGGUUCUUUGGGAUGGCGGUGUCACAUUUCAUCAGCUUAGUCUGAUCGUGGGCGGGGCAUGUGGUUUAUUUGCAUGCGUUGUUUCAAUCUUUUUGAUUAUGAGCCAUGCGACGCAUUAUAGCAAACCUAUCGAACAAAGGCACAUGAUUCGCAUCCUUUUUAUGGUUCCGGUCUACUCUGUCGUCGCCUGGCUCAGCAUCCUCUUCUACAACGACUCCGUAUAUUUCGAAGUGAUUGGCAACUGCUACGAAGCGUUCUGUAUCGCUGCCUUCUUCUCGCUUAUGUGCCAUUACAUCGCGCCCGAUCUACACAGCCAAAAGGAAUACUUUCGUGGGAUUCGGCCUAAGGACUGGCUCUGGCCGCUAAGCUGGUUUCAGAAAUGGAAGUGCUGCUGUGGCCAUCGCGGAGUGUGGCGCACACCACGCAGUGGGUUGACUUGGUUCAAUGUCAUUUGGGCCGGUGUCUUCCAAUAUUGCUUGAUUCGAGUGCUGAUGACGAUCCUUGCCGUUGUCACGCAAGCGACGGGUCGCUACUGCGAAGAGUCCUUGAGCCCGGCCUUCGCACACGUUUGGACAAUUGUUGUUGAGUCAAUCAGCGUCUCGAUUGCGAUGUACUGCCUGAUUCAGUUCUACGUGCAACUCAAAGAGGACAUCUCCGAGCAUAGCCCAUUUUUGAAGAUCCUGUCCGUCAAAUUGGUCAUUUUCCUGUCGUUCUGGCAAUUAAUCAUCAUCAAUCUGCUGGUCUCUCUGGGGGCAAUCAACGAGAGCAAAACGGUGGCCACGGUGGAUCUGAAGUACGGUCUCCCAGAGUUGCUGAUCUUGAUCGAGAUGUCGAUUUUCUCCGUGCUUCAUCUUUGGGCCUUUUCCUGGAAACCCUAUGUCAUCAGACCCGAGACGUCUGAGGUGACUGACUUCUUCGGCAAUGGCAAGCCCACAUAUCAAGGGGGCAGAUUUGGCUUUGGCGGCCUUGCCGACGCGAUGAAUCCGCUGGAUCUGCUCAAGGCCGUUGGACGUAGUUUCCGUUGGUUAGCCGUCGGCCGCAAGAACCGCAUGCUGGAUCCCAGUUACAAGCCCCAUACGGCGACUAUCGGCUUGCAACCGUCCCAGCCGGUGCUCGGGACACAGAGCACCGCAUACGGAGGCGCGGGCACGCCCGCAGGACGGACAAAGCGGUAUCCAUCGGACGAGGAAGGGGAGGUUCUUCUGUCUCACGCGCAGUCGAACCCCUCUACCUCACACCUUGAGCCCUCGCCCUGGGAGGACGACAGUGAUGACUAUUCCCAGGGCCAGUCUGGUCGCUUCCAUGGCCGCGAAGGGGCUUCUCCGUACGAAAAUAUCGAGCAUCAGAACACGGCUUAUCAUGCAUACCAGCCAGAUGCUCGACCUUACCCGACGGGCGGUCCUCUAACAGAGCAAGUGCCAAUGCCUAUACCGGAUACACACCCUCCACCGCCAUACCCCGAGAGAGAUCAUCAUCCAUGA